AUAACUCCGCCUUGAGAAAAAUAAAAAACUAAAGACGAGACAGAGAGAGAGAGAGAGAGAGAGAGAGAGAGAGAGAGAAACAGAGAGAAACUGAAAUGGCCACCAUUAGAGUACCAGACCAAGUUCCUUCUCCAGCUCAGGAUUCUGAAACUCUCAAUCAAGCUUUUCGUGGUUGGGGAACAGAUGAGAAGGCUGUUAUACGAGUUUUAGGACAAAGGAACGAGAGCCAAAGAAGGAAGAUCAGAGAAAGUUACAGAGAGGUUUACGGCAAAGAUCUUAUCAAUGAUCUCUCUUCUGAAUUGUCUGGUGAUUUCAUGAAAGCUGUGGUUUCGUGGGUGUAUGAUCCAGCAGAGAGAGACGCAAGGCUUGUGAACAAGAUUUUGAACAAGGAGAAGAAGAGGAAGAAAGGGGUGGUUGAGAAUUUGAAGGUUAUUGUAGAGAUCUCUUGCACAACUUCUCCAAACCAUUUGAUUGCUGUGAGAAAAGCUUAUUGUUCUCUCUUUGACUCAUCUCUUGAAGAGCACAUUGCUUCUUCUCUGCCUUUUCCUCUUGCAAAGUUUUUGGUGACGUUGGCUAGUUCAUUCAGAUAUGGCAAAGAUAAGACUGAUGCAGAAGUAGCUACUAUUGAGGCGGCUAUGCUACGUGAAGCGAUAGAGAAGAAGCAAUUAGAUCAUGAUCAUGUACUGUACAUAUUGGGAACCCGUAGUGUCUACCAGCUCAGAGAGACUUUUGCUGCUUACAAGCAGAGUUAUGGGAACACAUUUGAUAAGGAUGUUGAUGGAUGUCCGGGAGAUGCUGAUUUGAGAAGUCUAUUGCAGGUGGCAAUCUUUUGUAUUGAUACUCCUGAGAAACACUUUGCAAAGGUUGUAAGAGAUUCCAUUGAGGGUUUUGGAACAGAUGAGGAUUCAUUGACGAGAGCGAUUGUGACGCGUGCAGAGAUUGAUAUGAUGAGAGUAAGAGGAGAGUAUUUCAAUAUGUACAACACAAGCAUGGAUAAUGCUAUCAUUGGUGACAUUUCUGGAAAUUACAAGGACUUCCUCAUCACCUUACUUGGAUCCAAAAUCUGAUCUAUUCAGUUUUUAUAUUCUUUGGCUUUGUCUGUGACUUGUAUAAUCAAAUGCAUCGUAUUCAAACUCCAAGUUGAAUUGUGUUAAAAAAUAAUCAAAAAAUUUCUCUUGA